GAAAUGGUUACACCUUGCCCGCAUCUGUGUUCCCCACAACGUGCUUACCUACGCAUAAAGCGUGUCGCUGACUUAGGAGAGUUUUGCCGGCUGACUUCCUUGGAUUCAGGGCCUCCAAUUGACGGCUGAUAAGCUGAACCUUAACGUUAUCGCAUGAGGCCUCCUGCCAACCUCAAGUAGGCGACCUUCAGUCGGGGGUGAGUCAAAGUUGGCCAGCAGUAUUCCAGGCUUACCCGGGGUGGUAUAAAAGAAUUCUGAAAUCGAAUGAUUGUGAAAUACUUCGAGAUCCAAGUAUAUCACAACCCACCAAAGCGCUCAGGAUGAUCGAUUUCAAGCUGUCGCCAGAGCAAUUGGCUAUGCGAAAUGCCGUCCGAGGGUUUGCCCAUGCGAAUCUCAAGACAGCACGAUCCGUGUACGAAAACCAGGAGACUCCUCUACCAAAAUGGCAGGACCGUUUUCGCUCACUUGAGCCCAUAUAUGCUGAAGCAGUCAAAGCUGGCCUGAUCAAGGCACAGAUCCCAAAGGAACUUGGUGGAGCGGGAGGCCCAUUGAUCGAGGCAGCACUGGUCGUGGAGGAAUUUUAUGCUGUGGAAACGAGUGCUUCGCUGAACAUACUCGGGACUGGGCUCGGACUGACUCCGUUGAUCAUGGCGGGGUCGUCGGAGCAGCAUCAAAAGUUCUUCAAGCCUUUCCUGGAAGGUACAGGCACUCCGCUCGCCAGUCUUGUGUUCUCCGAGCCCGAGGGCAGUGCGAACUUUGCCGAACGAGGCUCUCCCGGGUUCCAGACUGUUGCAAGAUUGAAAGGCAACGAAUAUGUCAUCAGCGGCGAGAAAAUCUGGGCAACGAAUUGCUCAGGCUGGGACGACCGAGGCGCCGAUGUCUCAUGCGUCUUGUGCCGAAUCCCAGACUCUGCUUCUGCAGAAGACGUCCGCGGCCAGACAGCUAUCAUUGUCGUAACGAGAGAAAACAUCGCUGCCAACGACCCUGGAGCUUACACUGUCCUUUCACAUCCCGAAACAAUAGGACACACAGCCGUCAAUGGGCCUCACAUUCGCUUCAAGGACUUGCGCGUCCCUAAGUUCAAUCUUCUGGCACCCCCAGGCAAAGGUGCAGACGUGGUAGAAAUGACCUUUACUGCAUCGGCAGCUCUGGUGGGCGCAAUGGGAGUGGGUAUCAUGCGGCAAACUUUCGACCGAGUGCUUGCUUGGGCCAAGUCAAAUCACCGGGGCUCCAAGGAAGCCAUGAUCCACAAACAGAGUGUGGCAGACUUGUUGAUCAAGAUCAAGACUCGGUGUGAAGCUGCUCGAGCGCUGGUCUGGAAAGCGGCCUGCUGCUUUGGGACCACGCGCUUCGGAGCCGAAAUAUGUUACGAGGCCAAGAUCCUGGGGUCUGAGAGCGCCGUAGACUCGGUCAGGGACGCCAUUUACCUGGUAGGCGUGUCGGCAUAUUCUCGCAGUCACCCAUUCGGAGAUCUGCUUAAUGAUGCCAUGGUUUUGCCUAUCUUCGAUGGCGGAAAUGUGGGAGUACGGAGGAGACAAAUCGAAAACAUCUUCAAUAACGAUGCAUAUGAUCCGUGGGAAACAACUUUUGGGCCUGAAGAAUGAUGGACUGAUUGUGAAAUGUACCUAGACAGAUACCAGUAUGCCUCAUUUGACGCGUUUUCACGCGUCGCGUCGUGUCGCUAUUUGAGCCAUUUCCGGCUAGCUCCACUUCAGUACCUACCUAGGUAU